AGGCACAGGAGAGAAGGUGAGGAGGGGAGAGUGGGCCAGGGAGGCAGCUGGGUGGAAGAAGACGAGCCAAAAGGAGCAGCUCCAAGGGGCCCGGGUGACCGAGGUGACGCCAUGUGGCAGCUGCUGAUGUCUCUGGCCCUGUGGCUGGGUGCGGUGGGCUUGGGCAGAGCCGAGCUCACGGUGGCGCAGCAGCGGGGCCUGCAGGUGGCCCUGGAAGAAUUUCACAAGCACCCGCCCGUUCAGUGGGCCUUCAAGAAGACCAGUAUGGACAAUGCCACGGAAACGCCCUUCCCUGCAGGGACCUUUGUGAGGCUGGAAUUUAAGCUCCAGCAGACAAGCUGCCGGAAGAAGGACUGGAAAAAAGCGGAGUGCAAAAUCAAGCCCAACGGGAGGAAGCGGAAAUGCCUGGCCUGCAUCAAACUGAACGCUGCAGAUAAGGUCCUCGGCCGGAUGGUCCACUGCCCCAUACACACACAGUCUCACCGGGAGGCUGAGGAGCAGGAGGAGACUCAGUGUGACAGGGUGGCGCGUGCCGGCGAGGACCCCCACAGCUACUACUUCCCAGGACAGUUUGCCUUCUUCAAGGCCCUGCCCCCCAGCUGAGGCCUGAUGAAUUUUGUCCCGCUUCCCGGACAGCUGCAGGAGGUGACCAGUGACAGACCGACCUGCCGUCCCUGAGCCCAGGGAGGACAAUCCCGCUAUCCCCCAGCUAAUAAACCGCUCUCCCAGA